AUGGAGAGCUUCGGUUUUGACUCCAAGCGAGAAACGGACUGUGAUCAGCCGAUUGGACCCAGGAAGACCGCCGUUGAAGUCCCUAUUAUCUCCAACCUUGAGGAAUAUGAAUGGCUUCCAGGACAUUUCAACGUCCGAUAUAUCAUUGAAGAGGUAUCGUCAGAAGCAAGCUUUGAGCCUUCGUAUCGCAUCAAAUUAGAAAGUGGUGAAACUCAAGUUGUAACCUCCUCCACCCUUCAAGCAUUUGAAAACGGCGCAGACGCGAUUUCGACUUUUCAGAAUUCACGUGUCCCAUAUCGCGCACCUACUAGCGAGUUGGAAGCAGAGUCAGAAAGCGAAGAAGAAAAUGAGGACGAAGUAGAGGUGGAAAGCUCCGCUUCCGAGUCUCAUUUGGAUGAGACCAGGCCAUCACGGCGCGCCAAAAAAACAAAAUUCACCGAGUUCUUCGGUGCCAUUAGCAGCGACGACGAAGAAGCGACUAAAUCCGAUUCUAGCGAGGAUAUCCUUGUCGUGUCUAGGUCGAGGCGAACUGGGUUAAGGAAACGCCCACAAUACCGAACCGCCCUGGAUAGCGACGACUCGGAUUCUAGCGUACGCAAGGGCACGAGGGCUUCUACUCGACACCGGAAAACACUCAGACGAAAUCUUCGUGAGGUGUAUGAAGAUGACAUUUCAGAAUAUGAAGCUGUGCUUUCCAAACACCAAAAAUACGUAGGCGCAAAAGAGAAGUUCGAGAAGAUACCGUCGGGAGAUCCAUUUCGAUCCCGCCAUCGAAAUAAAUGCGAAGUCUGCUCGAUCAGGGGAGAUCAUCCCGACAAAGGGUCUCUUGUUUUUUGCCAGGGCUGUACCGAUGCCUACCAUCAGGUUUGCUUAGGCCCACGAACUGCGCGAGAGCACCUUGUUACCAAGGUUGCAAGCGAUAAAUUUAUCCUUCAGUGUCGUCGUUGUCUAGGCUCGGCUCACACGAAAGAUCCCAAAUUUCCCCAUCAGGGAUAUUGUACUGGGUGCAAUAAAAGAGGGAAAAUGUCGGAGCCUCUCAGACAGCGCCUAACAUCCAAGCAAGAACAACAACUGCGCCAGGAGAACGGUGGCGAAGAUCCAAUUACAACAGUUGGGUCGUACCUCGUCAAUAACCCCGAGAAUUUGCUUUUCAGAUGUUGUGCAUGCCACAGGUCAUUCCACUUUGAUCAUCUCCUCCCCGGUUUCGACACAUCCUCAUGGCGUUGUACUGAUUGCGUCUCGUUAUCCGGGGAAGUCAGUGCCAUGGUCGCAUGGCGACCGAUGAGUACCGCCUCCAAGAAACCCCCCAAGACCUCUGAAUUGGAAAAGGAGUACCUCAUAAAAUGGAAGGACAAGUCUUACGCUCAUUGUACAUGGAUGCCCGGUAGCUGGGUCUGGGGUUAUAUCAACCCGGUGAUGCGGCGUGCUUUCUUGAAAUCAGAUAGAAGUCAGCUGCCACGAAUGACCACCGAGGAGGCAAUUCCAGAUGAUUAUCUGCGAGUUGAUAUUCUUUUUGACGUCAAGCAUGCCGAUGAUGAUCUUCACCUGUAUGGAGAUGAUUACGAAGCCGAUCUAGAGCGUGUGGACAAUGUCUCUGAGGCUUAUGUUAAGUUCAAAGGAUUGCCGUACGAGGAUGCGGUUUGGGAAGUCCCUCCGGAGCGCAGCGAUUCUGAAAGCUGGGAAGACUUCAAAUCUGCGUACGCAGAUUGGGCCAAGAAACCCUACAUUAGCACACCAAAUCAAAACUCAUUACGGAAACAUCUUGCAAGUGUCAGGAAACAAAAAUUUAGACAAAAGGAUGCCCAACCAAAGGUCAUGACUGGUGGUGAAGUCAUGGAUUACCAACAAGAUGGCUUGAAUUGGCUUUAUUAUAAGUGGUUCCAACAACAAAAUGCCAUCCUUGCUGAUGAGAUGGGUCUCGGUAAAACUAUUCAAGUGAUAGCUUUGCUGGCAACCUUGAUCCAAGAUCAUAAGUGCUGGCCCUUUCUCAUUGUUGUGCCCAAUUCGACUUGCCCAAAUUGGCGAAAAGAGUUCAAAACCUGGGUCCCUUCAAUACGUGCGGUCACUUAUUACGGGUCAUCAUUAGCGCGCAAGCUAGCACAAGAGCAUGAAAUGUUCAUUAGAGGUGAUCCUGACCUCAAAUGCCAUGUUGUCAUAACGUCCUAUGAAACAAUGGUGGAUGAUUCUUCUCGGAGAGUAUUGUCAAGGAUCCCUUGGGCCGGACUUAUUGUCGACGAAGGGCAGCGACUUAAAAGCGACAAGAGCCAAAUUUACGAAGGACUAUCAAAAAUGAACUUUCCUUUCAAAGUUCUGAUGACCGGUACUCCUUUGCAGAAUAACACAAAGGAGCUAUUCAACCUUCUUCAAUUCUGUGAUCAAACUAAAAAUGCAGAAGAACUGGAGGAGAAAUAUGGGACUUUAUCGAAAGAAAAUAUCCCGGAACUUCACAGCCUAAUCAAGCCGUUCUUUUUGCGCCGGACAAAAGCUCAAGUGUUGACCUUUCUCCCCCCGAUUGCUCAGAUCAUCGUUCCUGCUACUAUGUCUGUUCUACAGAAGAAACUUUACAAGUCCAUCCUUGCCAAAAAUCCACAGCUGAUCAAGGCGAUAUUUCAAAGAAACGAGGACGAGGACCAGCCGCUCAAACAGAACGACCGGCACAAUCUGAACAACAUUUUGAUGCAGCUACGAAAGUGCCUAUGUCACCCUUUCAUAUACAGUAAAGCAAUUGAAGAGCGCACCGAUGAUCCCGACAUUGCUCACCGAAAUUUAGUGGAUGCGGCCGGGAAACUUCAACUGUUAGAGCUAAUGUUACCGAAACUCCAAUCACGGGGCCAUCGAGUCUUGAUAUUCAGCCAAUUCCUCGAAAAUCUGGAUGUCGUGGAGGACUUUCUCGAUGGACUAGGUCUUCCGCAUCGACGUCUUGAUGGGAGAAUGACUUCGCUAGAAAAACAGAAGAUGAUUGACGAUUAUAACGCGCCGAAUUCGCCGUACUUCGCUUUUCUUCUUUCAACCAGAUCGGGUGGUGUGGGUAUCAACCUUGCUACUGCAGAUACCGUUAUUAUCAUGGACCCUGAUUUCAAUCCACAUCAAGACAUGCAAGCUUUGUCUCGUGCUCAUCGUAUAGGGCAGAAGAACAAGGUCUUGGUCUUCCAGCUGAUGGUUCGGGGGAGCGCCGAGGAAAAAAUCAUGCAAAUCGGCAAGAAGAAGAUGGUCCUUGAUCACGUUCUAAUUGACCGAAUGACCGCUGGAGAGGAUGAUGGACAAGACCUUGAAUCCAUUCUCCGCCAUGGAGCGAGGGCGUUAUUCGACGAUGAUGACUCUGGAGACAUUAUUUACACUCCCGAGUCUGUUGACAAGCUUCUUGAUCGCAGCCAGGUAGAACAAGCCAGAACACCAGAUGAGAAAGCCCCCGGUUCCGCGUUUGGCUUUGCUCGCGUUUGGGCGAACGAUGGUCAAAAGCUUGAUGACCAACUUCGGGUUACGGAAGAAGAUCCAAACACAAGCAAUAAAACUUGGGAGAAGAUUCUACAGGAACGCGAGCUGGCCGCAGCCGAGGAAGCGAGAAAGAAAGCAGAAAUUCUUGGCCGUGGUAAACGUAAAAGGACGACCGUUGACUACACUACAACCGAAGCCGAUCCUUCACCGGCGAAGCCACGUGCAAACCAUGAUGCUGAAAGUGAUGCUGAUUUCAAUGGAGAUGAAGCUGCGGUGGAAUCGGAUUACAGCAUGGAUGGAGCGGAUGAUGAAGCGCUUAGCGAUCUUGAGGGUAGACCUGCCAAAAAGCGCAAAGUCCGCCCGUUCCAGCGUGUUGUGCCUCCACCCGAACCGCCAACACCCAACAGCAUAGGGAUGGACGGCCAUAUGGAUCAGAAUGGGGAAACUUGUUUUGUUUGCGGUCGCAUCCAUCCUAUUGGAUCUUGCCCGUUGAAAGUGGCAGGGGUUGAACACUGCGGUCUCUGCGGGCUCGCACAUUUCGGCCAUGCUCGCACCUGUCCACACUUGAGAUCUGACAUACAGGUUACAAGGAUGCUAGAAGCGUUGAAACAGAGCAACGAAGACCGGAACCUUGUAGCGCUGGCCAAAAAGUAUUGCUAUGGCAUCAAAGGCGAUCUCGCGCAGCGCAAAAGAAGAGUGUCCGGUAAGGCUGCAGGUAGUCCCACGAGCCCUACCACAGCUACCGCCGCUCCUACACAAGCCACCGUUUUUCAGGGAAUUGGCAUCCCUCCCCCUAGGCAGCCGACCAUAGAUCUCACUGGGCGUCCUACGAAUGGGUAUGUAAACAGGAAGUACCCCCCGCCCGGCCCAGUGAGCUCUCACACGGAUGAUGUUGAGAUGUACAGUGCUUUGAGCAACUAUUUAUCACAUAGGAAGCAGUGA